AUGACUUUCGAUUUGCAGUCCCUCGUCAGGCCCAACAUUGCCAAGCUCGAGCCGUACCGCUGUGCACGUGACGACUUCAAAGAGGGCAUUCUCUUGGACGCCAACGAAAACACCCAUGGCCCGGCACUUGAAACCGUGUCCUCGUACGAGGCCGCCUUGGAACUCAACCGGUACCCGGACCCCCACCAAAUGGCAUUGAAGCAGCAGAUUGUGGCAUUCCGCAGCGCGCAAAACAGCCGCCACUUGGCGGACCCGCAGACCCACGGGCUUGUGCCGGAAAACUUGUGUCUUGGCGUCGGCUCCGACGAGAGCAUUGACUUGCUUUUACGCUGUGUGUGCGUGCCGGGCAAAGACAAGCUCUUGGUGUGCCCGCCGACAUAUGGCAUGUACUCCAUCUGCGCGGCCGUCAACGACGUGGCCUUGGUGCGCGUGCCGUUGACCGCCCCGGGCUUCCAGCUUGAUUCCGACGCAGUGUUGCAUGCUGUCACGCAGGACCCGGCCAUCAAAUUGAUGUACCUCACGUCGCCCGGCAACCCCACGGGCCAGUUGUUGCAGGUGGCGGCGAUUCUCGCGCUCGUCGCCAAGUUGCGCGGCGUCUGGAACGGGCUUGUUGUGGUGGACGAGGCGUACAUUGACUUUGCCUCGGAGGAGGACGGCUCGUCGCCUUCGGUGUCCACUCUCGUCAACCAGCACCCCAACCUCGUGGUCAUGCAGACGUUGUCGAAGUCGUUCGGGCUCGCGGGCAUCCGCUUGGGCAUCACGUACGCCUGCAGAGAGCUCGCCCACUACUUGAACGCCAUGAAGUACCCGUACAACAUCUCGUCCUUGACGUCGGCCGUGGCCAUGCGGUCCACGUGCCCCGACACGGGGUUGCAGGUGAUGGAACGGUACGUGGCGCUGAUUUUGCGCGAGCGCGCGCUGUUGUUGCUGCGCUUGCAGGAGCUCGAGGGCGUGGGGCGCAAUCUCGGGGGCCUCGACGCAAACUUCCUCUUGGUGGAGAUUCUUGACAAGGACGGCCAGCCUUCCAACGCCGUGGCGCACGCGGCGUACACGAAACUCGCGGUGGACAACGCGGUGGUGGUACGCUUCCGGGGCAAGGAGCUCAACUGUACCGGAGGCUUGAGGAUCUCCGUGGGAACCCAGGAGGAGAACCGCGAGCUUCUAGAGAGGUUUGCCAAGUGUCUCGUGGAGGCGCGCCAGUAG